CAGCUGCAGUGUCUACUUAAAAGGGCCGUAUAUCACUUUCGGUAUUUAGUUUUUCCAUAGUUCUUGUUCCAGUUGUUGGUUAACAAUUUCAGUCAAAAUUUACAGUUGUUUCACUUAGCAAAAAUCAUCAUGAUGUGUUUCAAAGCCAUCUUGUUGGUAUCCGCUAUUGUGUGUUUGAUAAGCGCCGAAUAUAUACCACUGAAAGAACGAAUUUUCAAGUGUAAACUCAUCCCUUUUAAAAAACAUCAUUCUAUAUUCGAUAGUAUUCUCCCGUCAAUCAUGACUUCUCCAGCCGAUUCUGCUGUUCCUGACGAGUAUACCGUUCCCGAGGGAGGCACUACAUUUGGUACAGAGCCGGUCCCGGUUCCCACUGCAGUACCUGUAGAACCGCACCGAGAAGUGCAGAACCCACCACCACAGGAAGUUCAGCAUCCACCGCAACCGGAUAUCCAGUAUCCACCUCAACUGGAAGUGCAGUACCCACCGCAAUCGGACGUCCAGUAUCCACCGCAACCGAGCGUCCAGUAUCCACCUCAACCGGAAGUGCAGUAUCCACCGAAACCGGACGUCCAGUAUCCAACACAACCGGAAGUCCAGUACCCUGUGACGCAGGAAGAGGGACAGCCCCCUGCAGCGCCACAACAGGUAGUGCAGAAUACGCCACUGCAACAACCCCUGUAUCCACCGCAACACGAGGGCCAGCGCCCUGCACAACACCAUGUAGAGCAGAACCUACCAUCAUCAAACGAAGGGCUGUAUCCACCGCAGCAUAACGGGCAGUAUUAUCAACUGCAAAACACGGGGAUGUAUUAUCCGCCGCCGCCGCCGAACUACCAGGGUUUUACUACUAACAACGUCCCAUAUAACUACCCCGUGUAUGGGCAAAACGUACUGAGAUCCGUUAAAUCUCUUGACGGCCAAACGUAUCCGCUCCACCAACUUCCGUACAGAGUAAAUAUGUUUAUUAGACAGCCGAACCCAUACUAUAACGCUCCACAAAUGUAUGGUCAGUACGCUGCUCCACAAUAUAACUAUGUACCACAAAUGCCGAGAACAGCUCAAGCCCUCACUGGAAAAAAAGCGAAAUCCCCUUGAUUAAAUUUUAUACUUACGUCCAUUCUUAUAUUUAUCAUUAUUAUUAUAACAAUUACUGUAGCUUUUAGUAUUUAUUAUGAAGCAUGAUGGUUAAUUUAUGAAUAAAGAAGUGUUUCAAUUA